CGCAGAAAGUGCCACGACUCCACAGCUGCGAUUCCAAGCCAUCGAAACGGGACACCGGGGAGAAAUCCUCAGCGCCGGAGAAAAGAAAUAAACGAAUUUUACCUUUCGCAUUUUGAAGGUGACUUAAGACUACUUCAGACAACUGUUAAGGCGCUGAGGAGGCAGACAUGGACCUCUACGACCCCCAGACCCUCGGCUUUGUGGUGUUUGGCGGCUUCAUGGUGAUCUCAGCCAUCAGCAUCGCCCUGGUGUCCACCUUCUCCAUGAAGGAGACGUCGUACGAGGAGGCGCUGGCCAAGCAGAGGCGGGAGCUGGGCAGGACGCUGCCCGUGCCCUCGCGCUCCGAGAAGAAGAAGGAGAAGAAGCAGCUGGAGAAGAAGAGCCGAGCCAAGAAGAAGGAGGGGGACAAACCCAACGGGAAACUGCCGGUCUCUCCAGAGCCCUCCGGUGAGGCCGGGGAGCCCGUGAGCGAGGGGGAGAGCGAGCCCAUCCCGGACCCCGCCCCCGUUGCUGACCCCGAGCCCACCCCCGAACCUGAAUCCACCCCCGAACCUGAAUCCACCCCUGAACCUGAACCCUCCCCUGAGCCCAUCCCAGCCCCCUCCGCCGGCACCGCCCCCCAGCCUGAGCCUGAGCCCCCCGUCGUUGCCGUGGCCACGACCCCCGUCGCCGUCAAAGCUCCGCCUGCUGCCCCCUCUCCCAAAGACAGGAAGAAGAAGGAUAAGAAAGUGGCCAAGGUGGAGCCUGCCCCCACCCAGGCUAUCCCCGCCAAACCCACCCCCACCCAGGACGUUUCCGCGAAAUCCGCCCCCGUGCUGGAGGCCGUGACCAAGGAGGUGCCCGUCAUGGCCGUGCCACCCGUGGGGGCACUGCAGAGCCCGCCCCCUGCCACGCCCACUCUUGCCCCCACUCCCGCUCCUGCCAGGGCCGAGGAGCCAAAGGCCGAGGCACCAUCGAAGAAGAAGGCAGCCUCCAAGAAGAAGGCGGAGCCAGCAGCCCCGGCUGCCCCGGCGGACCCGGCCGACGCCCCGAUCUGCCUGCCCUACAAGACUCUACUGAGCACGCUCAGUAGCAUGGUGUUCAGUGAAGGCGAGGCCCAGCGGCUCAUCGAGAUCCUGUCCGACAAGGCCGGCAUCGUGCAGGACACCUGGCAGCGGGCAAUGCAGAAGGGGGACCCCAUGGCCGUGAUCAAGAAGCAGCUGGAGGAGAAGGAGAAGCAGUUGGCUGCUGAGCAGGAAGAUGCUGCAGCCGCCAAAAACCGGCAGAGGGAGCUCGCAAAGGAGCUGAGCACGGAGAAGUCGAAGCUGGCGGUGGUGGAGACGCGUCUGAGCUCGCAGCUGAGCGCUCGGGAGCAGGAGAUGAUGGCGCUGCAGGCGCGCAUGCAGGCCAGCUACCAGGAUCAUGUGACCGAGACCCAGCAGCUCAACGCCAAGAUCCAGAGCCUGCAGGAGCAGCUGGAGAAGGGGCCCAACGCUCAGCUGGCCCGCCUGCAGCAGGAGAACACCAUCCUGCGGGACGCCCUGAACCAGGCCACCAGCCAGACCGAGAGCAAGCAGAACGCAGAGCUGGCCAAGCUGCGGCAGGACUGCGCCAGGCUCAGUAAGGACCUGGGCGAGUCGGGCCGGGCACUGCAGACUCAGGAACAGCAGAGGAAGAGCCUGGAGAAGCAGCUGGCCCAGCUCCAGGCCAGCUCGGCGGACAGUGAGCGGGGCCUGCAGGAGAGGCUGGAGGAAGUGAGUGAGGAGCUGAGGAAGAGCCAGAGCCACAGCAGCAGCCUGCAGACACAGCUGGAGAACUGCGCUCUCGCAGAGCUGCAGUCGCGCGUGGAGAAGGCGGAGUCCGAACUGACGGACAGGCGUGGCCAGGUGGAGGCGCUGCAGGCCCAGCUGGGACAGGUGGUGCAGGAGAAGACCAUGCUCCAGGAGCAGGUCUCCUCCAUACAGGUCCUGCUGGAGGCGGGACAGAGCAUGGGGGUGGAGCAGGAGGAGGAGCAUCGAGCACAGGUGGCGAAAGCUGCAGAGGAGGCGGAGCACCUGCAGUCCAGGCUCAUGGAAAAAGAGAACCGGGUGACAUCACUGGAGGAGGAGCUUAAACAGCUGAAGGAAGAGAUGGAACUGGUGAAGAGCACAAACGCUAAAACAGACACCAUAGAGGUGGAUUCACUGCAGAACGGCUUGUCAGAGAGCAAGGUGGCAUUGCAGGAAGAACUGAACCAGCUGAAGGAAGAGAUGGAACUGGUGAAGCAGUCAAACUCUCUGCCGGAUGUCACAGCAGAGACUGAGCAGCUACAGAAAAGCCUUUUGGAAAAGGAGCAGCAGGUGUUGUCACUAGAAGAGGAGCUUACUCAAAUUAAGGAUGAGAUGAGUCGGGUAAAGGACACGGCUCCUGACCUGAGUGUGGAGAAUGAGGACCUGCAGAACAGUCUAAAGGAGAAGGACGGUCAGCUGUUAUCACUGGGAGAGGAGCUCACACAGCUGAAAGAACAGAUGGAGCAAAUGAAGAACACAAACACUCAGGCCGACCUCAGGGCAGAGCAGAGCAGAACAGAGACUGAACACCUGCAGUGCAGUCUCCUGGAUAAAAAGAGCCAGAUGACCUCACUGGAGGCGGAGCUUGCGCAGCUCAGGGAGGAGAUGGAGCUGGUGAAGAAUGGCACAGCUCAGCCUGCCGAUGCGGCAGAGACUGAGCAACUCCAGAACAGCCUCAGGGAGAAGGACCUCCAGGUGACGUCUCUGGACGAGGAGCUUCAGCAGCUGAAGAAAGAGCUGGAGCAAGUGAAGAACAAGAGUAACGAGCUCCGUGAGAAGAACUGGGCCGCCAUGGAGGCGGUGAACGCAGCAGAGAGACUGAGCGAGGAACGGCUGAGCUCGGCUCAGAGCGCGCAGGACGCUGUGCAGCUCCAGCUGGCUUCAUUCCAGGCUGAGACCAGGAUAGCCUUACAGAGCCUCUUUCCACAGGUCUCCAUGGAGACCGGGCAGGGUGAUUGGCUGCAGGAAUUCACUCUGAAAGCACAGGAGGUCGCCAGUGAGCAGAGCGAUAUGUCCGCGCAGGCAGCGGUCCUGCAGGAGAAGCUGAGGGAGAUGGAGGAGGCGCAGGGUGUGUUACAGACCAAGUGCGACCAGUACAGGACCGUCCUGGGGGAGACCGAGGGCAUGCUGAAGGAGCUGCAGAAGGGUGUGGAGGAGGAGGAGGAGGUUUGGAGGACCAAACUCGCUGAGUCCGAGGAGCAGCUCAAAGCGGCUCAGCAGCAGAUAAAGCUUCUAGAACAGACUUUAAAAGCAACCAAUGAGGAGAGCCAGAGCGCCGAGCAGCUGAAGGAGCAGGUCAUGCUUCUGGAGGCACAGCUGGAGAAACAGCUGGAGUCAGCAGUCAACAACCAGAGUUACGCCGAAGAGGUGACACAGCUGAAGCUCCUAUUGGCUGAAACUCAGGACCAGCUCAUAGCAGCGCAGUCCGAGGCUCAGAAACAGAGGGAGGAGCUGGCCAUGGUGAGGCAGCAUCUGUUUGAGAUGAGGGAGCGCGCUCAGAGAGAAGACGACUCCCACCCGCAAAACGGACAGCCCGAGACGCAACCCAGCCAGGUGCAGCUGCAGAUGGAGCAGACGCAGGGGGAUCUGCAGAGCGAGCAGGUGCUCAGGCGGCAGGUGUUCGAGGAGUUUGAGCAGGCCCAGAAGUCUGUGAAUGACCUGCAGAUGCAGCUGGAUCUGCUGAAGGCUGCACCUCCUGGUGGUACAGAACUCAAGGAGAGGUUGGAGAAAGAGAAGAAGCUGACGAAGGACCUGGGCCAGGCUGCUACCAAACUGCAGCAGCUGCUGAAGGCCACACAGGAGCAGCUCGCCAAGGAGCAGGGCACCGUCAGAGCUCUACAGGAGCAGCUGCUUGCCAAGGCUAAUGUGGAGGACCUGAAGGAGGGAACAUCCGUCUGAAACUGAAGAACCGUCACAAGAAACAUGCCAAAAUGCCUUAUGAUUAAAGUUAUGCAUUCUUUUCUGUCCUAUCUGUUGUACUGUAGUUUACGAUGAAACCUUUUUGAAAAAACGAAACCAAACGAGAACAGUUAAGAACAUUUCACUGAAAAGGAGGAAAACAUACAGCUACGUACAGAACCUUUUUUAUGUUUAUUAUUAUUGUUAUUGUUGUUGGAACGUACAUUCCAUCGGUGAGGUUCUGGCCGUGUCAGAAACCCCACUCUGCCUUAUAUUGACAGAAUUCACCAAGGUGCAGUGUUAACGAGAAAGGGAAUCCACGUGUGCGUUAAACGCGCGUCGACUAGUGCAAUUACGUUUUUUUUUUUUUUUAAAUGCGUCGUCCGACGGAAGGUCGAAACGGGAAGGAACAGUUCAUGAUACACGAACGGAACACGUGUGAAGCCGUCUACGUCCUGGAGCCGACUGCCAACCAAAAGUGUGAAUUUGAUAAAGAAUAAACUACAAUGUAGCUUAUCUGUGA